AUGACCACCCUUCAGCUCACAAUGUUUGUCCUGCUUCUCACCCAGACUUGCGGACAGAAGCCAGAACCUGUUUUCAGACCUGUAGGCAAAGCUGUGGAGCUGGGUUACUGCUUUGGCACGGAUUACAUGCUGGUUUACCGCAUUCUCGGAGAAAGGGACCAGCUAAUCAGCAACUCCUCAGAUGUAAGUCCACCUGUUACUCUUCCUGCAGACCUUCAGGGCCGCAUCGAGAACAGCCACCUCCAUCAGCUCAUGGGCUUGCAGAUCAAGAAACUUAUCAGAGGAGAUUCAGGGCUUUACCGAAGGGAUUGCUGGAAGAAUGGCACACAGAUCAGCCAGCACACACAGCUGCUCAUUGUGUGCGAUUCUGAAAUCAAAUCAGAGGAAAUCAUUGUUAAUUCAGAAGCUGACGGGACGGAAAUCUUGUGUAACAGCACUUCUAUUGGACACGACGGAGUCAGCGUGCGGUGGUACCACGACGUCUACCCAACGUACACCAUCGAACUGUUGUUGGACAGCCUGGUUUCGCUGGACCUCGUCAGCGGCGUGUUGGAAGUCAAGAAUCAUGGAGCUACACUUGUGCUAAAUAAGAGCAUGUUGAACAACAAUCAGCAUUUUUUUUGCGAAGUCUACAAAGACACGCAUUGCCUGACCUUUCAAAACCUGUACGUGUCGGAAAGCCAUGAGAGCAAGAAUGUUUUUGCCUCACAUGGCGAAGAAGUGUUGUUGUAUUGUCAAGCAGAUGGAGAUAAGCAACGCUGGGAGACUCCGGUCGGAACAGUGGACAGCAUUGACGAACCAGAUCCAGAAGCAGAUUUGUACAUUGUGCACUGGUAUCGCAGACAGAAGACGCAUCAGCACGAGCUAAUCUGCGACUCAGGAGACGAAAGCGUUCCCAUCCCCGAGGAUCUGAGAGGGAGAUUAAGUCUAAUGGACAAUGGCGCAACUCUAAUAAUUUCCCGUGUGAAGAGGGCGGACGAAGGGACUUACUGGUGCGUUGUGCUUAAAGGUACUGUUUUUAGGGAUGAUGAGGAUUAUGAUUAUGACACCAACGAGGGAGAGGAGGGAGGGGAGGGUGAGGAGGGAGGGGAGGAUGAGGUGGGAGGGGAGGAUGAGGAAAGCGAAAUGGGCUUUGAUUGGGGCAACGAGAAGUGCCUUUUCAAACAAGACACAUAUGUGAGUGUGAAUCCAAAGCUAUCCACGCCACCCAUGAUUAGACUGGCCCCACCCAAAUCGGUUGGAAAUGGGCAAGCAGCGACAAGAGCAGAGGUCACGCUGUUGGGAAUAAGCCUUCUCACAAUGUUUGUUUUUGUAAAGGAUAGAUGA